AUGUUCACCGGAACCUACCCGCACGUCAGCGGCCACCGCAGCCUCGAAAACCUCAUCAAACCCUGGGAGCCGAACCUCUUCCGCAGCCUAAAGGAAAACGGCUACCACGUUGCUUGUCUGGCGCCCCGCGGAGACACCUUCGCGCCCACCGUGACCGAGCUCUCCGUAGACGAAUACGGGUUCCUCGAGACUCCCGAAUUCGUGCCCCGGUUCACGGGCGAUCGGUCCAACACCCCCAAGGAUGAGAGUAUCUGGGGCCGACUGUUCUACAAGGGGCUGAGGAACGCAGCCGAGGCGAGCGAUUAUGAUGAUGCCGUUGUGCGGUCUGCACUGCGGUGGCUCGAGUGUCCGCCGCAGGAUAAGCCCUGGGUGCUCUUCAUGCCGCUGAUUUUCCCGCAUUGUCCGUUCCAGGUCGAGGAACCGUAUUUCUCGCUCUAUGACCGGGACGUCAUCCCGGAGCCUGGGGCUGCCCCAGGGGAGAAGACCGGGUAUGAGCCGCGGUAUAUGCGGGUGAUUCGGGAGCGGUACGGGACUGGGCGGGCGACGGGGGCGAUGUGGCGGGAGCUGAAGGCGACGUAUUACGGGAUGAUAUCGAGACUGGACGAUCAGUUUGGACGGGUGGUGGGGAGGUUGGAUGAGUUAGGGCUGUGGGAGGAUACGAUUACGAUGUUUUUCACCGAUCAUGGUGAGUAUCUCGGGGACCAUGGGUUGAUUGAGAAGUGGCCGUCAGGUCUAUCGGACUCGCUUGUGCAUGAGCCAUUAAUCAUCGCCGGUGGAGGACUGCCCCAGGGCCAGGUUUACACUGGGAUGGCCGAGAUGGUGGAUCUCGUGCCCACUGUGCUGGAGUUUUGUGGUAUCCCCGAGCAGUUCCCGCAUAACGGGCGGUCGUUAGUGCCUGUGCUGCGGGAUCCGACUCUGGCACACAAGCAGUAUGCGUUUAGUGAGGGCGGGUUCUUGACUGCUGAGGAGCCGUUGCUGGAACAGGCGCCGUAUCCGUAUGAUAUCAAGGCUGCGUUGCAGCACGAGGAUACGACGCUCGUUGGCAAGGCGGUUAGUAUUCGUUCGGUAGAGUGGACGUUUGUUUAUCGGUUGUAUGAGCCUGCCGAGCUGUAUCAUCGGCAGCAUGAUCCGGAGGAAAUGCAUAAUUUGGCUGCGGUGCCGAAGUAUGUGCCUGUGGCUAGGAUGUUGGAGGCGGAGGUGUUGAGAUGGUUGGUCGAGUCGUCGGACUUUCUGCCGUGGACCAAGGAUGCGAGGUUUCCUGAGGUGAAGCUGAAGUCACCGAAGGAGCAGCUGGAGGAGCGGUUGCGAAAGAAAGAUUCUGGAGAGAGCAGUUAG